AUGAAGCCAUCCCCAUACUACAAAACACCAGUCUUUUGGAGCAUUCUGGAGCAUAUGGGACAUGAGGAGCAUGGAGGGACUUGGCACAUGGAAGCAGCUCAACUGGAUACGCAAAGGAAGAAGGGAGAAGCCAUCUUGAAGACCAGCUCGACCGUCUACUCGACCAACCGGUCGAGUUCCUCAACUCGACCGGCCAAGCUUCAACUCGAUCGAGCUGAGAAGUCAAAGUCAAACCCGAAAAAUGUUGCUUCCCCCUUGACUUUCCUUUGA